GAUAUCCGUUUCCGGUAUCCAAACACGCUAUAAAACAAGAUAAUUCCGCUUUUGACUUUUGUUUUUGGUAUUAUAGACAAAAAAACUUUAGUUUUUAACUUCAGUUUCCGGGAAAGUAAAAGCAGUGUUGCUUGCGCAAUCCAACCGCACUGUAACCAUCCAACACAUGUUCACGCGUAUGGUAUAGCAACACCAUUGUCACGAUAAAAAGAAAACAGUGAUAUGAUCUGUUUGUCAACACAACAUGACCUUUGGUUUUGAGUUGACAGUCAACGUAUGUCUGAAUGAAUAUGAGGAAAUUUGCCCCCAUCCCAUGACUUAUUUGUACUUAAAAAAACAAUAACUGAGUGGUGGUGGUGGUUUUGUUUCUUUAUCCACCUCUUCUCUUCCCCAUGUGCAAAGGUGCUUAAUACAACUGUCUAAUGUUCUCUCUCACUCAUCACUGUCUUCCUCUUUCCCUUUUCUUCCUUUUUCACUUCAUCAUCUCAAACCCAAACCAAGCCAUUAGCUGAGGCUGGUGGAGAGCACACAGAUCUCACCACUUGACAUCAUACUUCUCAUCACCAGAUAUACAUUUUUCUCAUCAACUCAAGAAGCUCCUUGUUGGUAAGAUCCAUUUAUAUGUUUUCAGAUUUCUUUUCUUAUGAUUCUUCAUCUCCUUCUCUAGUCACAUAAAUUUCUGUUUUCUGGAUACAUAUUAGAUAAUUAAUUAGGUGCUGAAUGGUUCCAUUUAGUAAUUUUAACUCCAUGGAUCAUCACAAUACUACUAAUUACAAGGAGAAGAAGAACAAGUCUUCUUCUUCUUCUCCAAACACAAAUGCAUUUAAUGUCUUCAUCUUCUGCACCGCAAUCUUCUUCUUUUCAACCAAUUCCACCUCUGCUCAAACUACUACUACUACUACACCAUCAUCAUCGUAUGCAUCCACUGAUAAGCUUCUUAUAAACUGCGGUGCCACCGGAGAUGAUAAAGAUCCCGAUGGUCUAGAAUGGACUACCGACAUUGGUUCUAAAUUCGCACCAUCCACAUCAUCAUCACUAAAAUCCCCUGCUUCCACUCAAGACCCCUCAGUUCCUGAAAUCCCAUUCAUGACUGCUCGUGUAUUCCGCUCUGAAUUCACCUACACUUUCCCGGUCUCAUCCGGUCGGAAAUUCGUCCGGCUAUACUUUUACCCUGCUUCCUAUUCCGGUCUCAACGCUUCCGAUUCCCUGUUUUCUGUCACUGCUGGUCCGUAUACACUGCUUAAUAACUUCAGUGCUUCUCAAACUAGCCAAGCCCUCAAUUUUGCGUUCAUUGUCAAGGAAUUUUCAAUCCCAGUGACGGAUGACAACGAGAGGUUGAACAUAACCUUCACACCAUCUCCCACCUCCAAAUCAUCAUAUGCUUUCGUCAAUGGGAUCCAGGUCGUCUCCAUGCCUGAUAUUUACAGCAACGACGGUACUAGUGCCUUCAUCAUGGGAGAGUCGUCUCCUUUCAGCAUUGAUAACAGUACUGCACUCGAGAAUGUCUUCCGUCUCAAUGUAGGUGGAAACUACAUUUCUCCAACCAAAGAUGCAGGCUUGUUGCGUUCUUGGUCCGAUGAUUCUCCUUACAUCUUCGGAGCAGGCUUCGGUGUCACUGAUACGAUUAGUCCUAAUGCUACAAUUGACUACCCACCAGGGAUGCCGGAUUAUGUUGCGCCUAAAGAUGUCUAUGCCACUGCUAGAACAAUGGGCCCUGAUCUGCACAUCAACCAGAAUUACAAUCUCACCUGGAUUUUCUCAAUCGAUCCAGGGUUUUACUACUUGGUUAGGCUUCAUUUCUGUGAGAUCCAAGCGACUAUGACCAAAAUUAAUCAGAGGGUUUUUCAAAUCUUCAUCAAUAAUCAAACUGCUGAGGAUGCCGCGGACGUUGUUGGUUGGGCAGGGAAGAAUAGAGUUCCUGUGUACAAGGAUUAUGUCGUUUUCGUUCCACAGGGAAAUGGUGCUCAACAGGAUAUGUGGCUUGCACUGCAUCCAAACACGGCAUCCAAGUCCAACUAUUAUGAUGCCAUCUUAAAUGGAGUGGAGAUAUUCAAAGUUAACAUCACCAAUGGAAGCCUCGCUGGACCUAAUCCGAUUCCCUUGCCUAAACAGGAAACCAUUGAUCCUGCUUCAGCUAGAUCUUCGGGAAAGUCAAAUAACCAAACUGGAGCCAUUGCUGGAGGUGUUAUAGGUGGUGUUGCUGCAAUCUCGUGUCUUGCUUGCUUAAUUUUGUUUCUGGUGGGAAGGCGCAGGCGACGCCAAGGGGAUGGGAAAGGGAAAGGAAAAGAGUCUAGUGCUGGCGACGGGCCGUCAGGGUGGCUUCCACUUUCACAAUAUAGCAAUUCACAUUCUGGAGGUUCUGCAAAGACAAGUGCCACGGGCAAAAGCUAUGCUUCUUCAGUUCCUGCCUCGAACCUCUGUCGUCACUUCUCAUUCGCUGAAAUUAAAGCUGCUACCAAGAACUUCAAUGAAGGUCUAAUCAUCGGAGUUGGUGGUUUUGGCAAAGUUUAUGCGGGUGAAAUCGAUGGCGGAACCACUAAAGUUGCAAUCAAGCGAGGAAAUCCACUGUCAGAUCAAGGUGUAAAUGAGUUCCAAACAGAGAUUGAGAUGCUCUCUAAGCUCAGACAUAGACAUCUUGUCUCUCUAAUCGGUUACUGCGAGGACAACUCUGAAAUGAUCCUCGUGUAUGACCACAUGGCACACGGAACCCUUCGAGAGCACCUUUACAAGACUCAAAACCCUUCGCUCUCGUGGAAACAAAGGCUCGAGAUCUGCAUUGGGUCUGCUCGUGGUUUACAUUACCUGCAUACUGGUGCGAAACACACCAUCAUCCACCGAGAUGUGAAGACAACAAACAUUCUGUUGGAUGAGAAAUGGGUCGCAAAGGUUUCUGAUUUCGGGUUGUCAAAGACAGGGCCAGCACUGGAUCACACUCAUGUCAGCACAGUUGUGAAGGGUAGUUUUGGGUACUUGGAUCCCGAGUACUUCAGGAGGCAGCAACUGACAGAGAAAUCGGACGUCUAUUCGUUCGGUGUUGUACUGUUUGAGGUACUGUGUGCAAGACCGGCACUGAAUCCAUCUCUAGCCAAGGAGCAAGUUUGCUUGUCUGAAUGGGCCAUACACUGCUGCAAGAAGGGAAUCAUUGAUCAAAUCGUGGACCCGUUUUUGAAAGGGAAGAUUGCACCAGAGUGUCUUAAGAAGUUUACAGAGACAGCUGAGAAGUGUUUGGACGAUAUAGGAGCAAACCGGCCGUCGAUGGGUGAUGUUCUCUGGAACCUUGAGUUUGCAUUGCAGCUGCAGGAGAGUGCUGAAGAGAAUGGGCUAGUGAAAGUGGAAGACUUGAGCAUGACUGAUGGCCAACCAAACUAUAAGAAAGAUCCAAAUGAUUUGAAGUCUGGAGACACAUCGAGUAGCGUAAAUACGACAAGCAUGAGCAUCGGUGGUCAGAGCGUUGCUAGUGAAGAUUCGGAUGGCUUGACUCCUAGUGCUGUUUUCUCACAGAUCAUGAACCCAAAAGGCCGUUAACCAACGGGAGCAGCAGGAUAAGCAAGGGGUGGCUUACAAUAAUACUCUUUUACUGCUGACGACAAGGCAUCUCUUGCUAAAACUUGAGUGAUCAACGGCCCAACCCAAAGCAGCAUCCUACCAGAAACGGACUGCGCGGUUACAUGUAAGUUGUUUAAAGUCGGACAUUGAGAUUUCUUACAUUACGUGAUAUUUAUUUGUAACUUGUUUAUUUUAUAACUUCCCACAAAGAAAUUGUACUGAAAUUUGUUACUAGUUGAUUAUACAUAUAUAUUUUUUCUCAUCGUGUCUGUCAGAUUUCGUUGCCGGCAGCAACCAAAAUCAUCAUCUGUAUCAUAAAGUGCAGAGUUAAU